CGAUUUACCAACAGAUCUCCCGGUCCCCCGGGUAAACGGAGUUUGUAUUUUCCAACAAAUUAAAUGCUUCAACAUGGGAACACUUCGCAUACCCGGUGCGCAGGGCUUCUCAGAGCGUAUUGGACCUGACCGAAUCCCUAUGAGAGGGCUGAGCUGAAUCGGGGUUGACGUAAGAACGUACUGUAGGUCCAGCCCUGUUAUGCGCUGCUGCUGCUGCGUUGUCGAGCGCUGGACGCGAGCAACAACAAAAAACCCAAACAUAUUCCAAGCGUCAAGGAUUAGACCUUAUUAUUCGCGUGAUUAUUGAGAACAAAGGACAAUGUGGAUAUUAUUGACACGAUAAUAACACUGUUGACCACCUGCUUAAACGUGAGUAUAGUCGCCUUCGUGUCUUUCUAGUAGAAGGCUGUGAGAUAAUGGAAAGAGAGGGAGAAGCAAUGCAGCAUUGCUUGGAAAGCAUCACAUCGGAAGCUGGAAAAUCACGCCGUAGCACCAUAACGAUGUACCACUCAGACCACAUAGUCGAUUUCCUUGACCUCUCCUUCACUAUCCCAAUCCCUGGAGCCUUGGGCCUAGCAUCAAACCAUUGAACCAACCCCCUGUCCUAUAUCCCUCCACAUAUCCUAUACCCCCACCCCAGCACUCACACAGCCUUUUCCCCUACCCCCUGUCCAAACCCCCAUACCCAGAGGACCAUGGACAGCCCCCCCAAGCUGUCUGGCGAGACCCUGAUCGUUCAUCACAUCCCCCUGGUACACUGCCAGGUGACCGGGGGUCGGCAGGGCUACAGCGGAGGAGGAGGGGGGUCCCUGAAGAGAUCGAACCAACCAGAGAACCUGGGCCUGAGCCCCACCACCUCCCUCCCUGAGCGAGAUGUACUCCAGAGGGAAGCCCUAGUGUACAGCAGCCUCAUCCAGACCUCUACAGGAAAAGGGGGAAGAGGGGGAGGAGAGAGUGGAGGACAGGGAGGAGAGAGAAGAGGAGGACAAGGAGCAGGAGAGGGAGGAGAGAGAGGAGAAGGAGGGAGAGGAGGAGGAGGAGACGGCAGCACAGGGAGCGAUAAUUUGUCUCUGACGUCCAGUAACUCGGAAGACCAGGUGAUGGUGGCCAACACUCUGCCCAGGGUGAAACCAAGGGAACAGGCCAACAACCCUCUCCGGCUCCGCCACAACCCUUUUCUGCUCAACACAGAGGAGGAUGAUGAUGAGGAGGAGGAAGAGGACGAAGACGAUAGUGAUAAUCUCAACGGUUACCUGGAAGAUUCAUCCUUCCAUCUCCAUGGCAAUACAAACUCCGCCCUAGAUGAGGAGGGAGACGGGGUCACGCCCUUUCACCUCCACGACCUGGGGUUCACCACACACGAGCCCUUCCUGUUGCAAAGCACCCUGGGAAAGCACUCCUGGGGCUGCUCUGGGGGACGGGACUCCUUCAGGGGUGUUGCCUCCGAUCUCUCCGCCCACCUGGAGGGCCUAGACCUGCUGGCAUUGGAUGGUCCUCGCCGACACGGCAGCAGCGGCUCCACCCUCUCCAUGGACUGCGGAGAGCAGGAGUGGGCCGAGGAUGAGGAGGAGGAGGAGGAGGAAGACCCAAUGAGGGGUGGUGGGAGGAGCAGUAGCCAGGCUGACUCGUCUUCCUCCAGCUCCGCCCACCAGCUCUGCUCCUGCUACGGCCACGAACACUUCCCGGAACAGUUUUCCCAGUCGUUGGAAUGCCAGCUGGGCUACGGCAGUGAAUCGUCUUGUAACAGCUCGGAUGGCAUGCUGGUCAACUUCAGUGCCAUUUAUAAUAAGAUCAAUAACAGUGUCCCUUUGACCUCCUCCGAGCCACCUCCUCCUGCCACGACCACCAACCUGAACAGUUCCACUGACCACUCCUACACCUCCUCUGUCUGCACCUCUUCUGUACUGGAUGGGGAGGCAGGGAGCCCAGGAAGCGCCAGAGACAGGGGUGCUUUCUACCUAGACCUCCACACUUCCCCCACCGAGCCCCCCAACUCUCAUCAACCAUCUUGCUCCUCCAAUAGCACCCUGCCGUUUGGACUCCACCCCCACACCAACACCUCCUCAUGCACCUGCUCAGCCGAACACCAGGGGGCUCUAGAUCUGGACGCCAACUGCAAUUCUUACCAGCCUCCCCACCACUCAGACUCAGGAAGUGACCUCACAUCCCAUCUGCAGAGCCAGGCCCGUCUUGUGGUAGCCACCCAGAACUACUACAAGCUAGUGACCUGUGACCUUUCAUCUCAGUCGCCACCGAGCCCUGUGGGAAGCUCCGCGUCGUUUACCAGCUGCUCUGAUGAGCACAGCAAGGAAAGCCCCGCUCCUGACACGCCCAACGCCACCAAGCCAACCGAAUACUACCUGUUCAGACGGCCACCUGGGGGACAGGAAAAGGAGGCAGAAGAGGAAGAUGAGGAGGGAGAGUUGUCACAGCGUGAUGAAGAUGAGGAAGAGGAUGAUGACGAGGAAGAGGAGAGGAAGAAGAGGGAGCAGCAGCAGAUGGGCGGAGCCUGUUCAGAACUCAUCAUCGAGGGACAGGUGUACGUUAACAUCUCCCCUCCAGUGGUUGACCGAGGACCCAUCGGAGGCGGGACUCCCCGCCCCCGUUCCCGUAGCUACGACCGGAACCUGGACAAGUCCCUGCCCCCUCGGCUUGGCUCAUUGGAGCGCAUGCUGAGCUGCCCUGUUCAUCUCAGUGAGGGCGCCGCCCCCCUCGGCCCUCCCACUCCACCACGGGUCACUUCCUUCGCAGAGAUCGCCAGGAGCAAGAGGAAAAACGGAGGAAGCACUGGCUCUCCUUCUCUCAGGAUGGGGGGAUGUACAGAUCCCUUCUCCUCCACCCACUCAGCCCACUCCCACUCCUCGGCCGACUUCUCACCCAUCCUGGAGAACCUGGGUCAGGGUCCGAGCCACAGGCACAGUGUGCCCUUCCAGCGCUGCUACAGCCAGGGCAGUGUGGACCGCCACUCACCUGGUGGUGGCGCCAGAGAGACACGCGCCACGACUGAAGGUGGUCUCUCCAGCUCUUCGUCCAGCUCUGCUGUUGUCCGCUACACUAAAGACCAGCGUCCUACCACCCUCCCCAUCCAACCCUUCACCUUCCACCACCAGUUCUCCAAGCUGUCCCAGCCCAAGCCCAUUCUUCCCCUGCUGACAGGCUACGUCUCUGGGAUGCAGGCGCGGGGUGGAGGGCCUUCUGGAGGUCCAGAGGGGUCUGAUGGGGUUGAUGACGACCGAUGGGAAGACUCUUUGCGUCGAUGCCAGAGUGGUGGUAUGAUGGGUGGGUUGGUGUCAGCGGUGGCUCCGCUCGGCCCUGGUUCUGUCCGGCCCUCGCCGCUGGGUAGCUAUUCCCCCGUCCGUCUCCAGGGGGUGACCUCCACUUCCUGUUCUACCUGCACCCCCAGCCCCCAGACUCCUCGCAGCCUCUCCUGCCCCUUGUCUGCCGGGCUCCGGCCCCUCCACCAUACCCAUCCACCACCAGCACGACUGGCGGCUGCCCCUCUGCUUCCCACUCCUCCACCUCCGCCCCUGGGGGUGAAGCGGGGUGCGGUGCCCCCCAUGCUGCCUCCGGUCCAGGGCCAGGUGCAGGGUCAGUGUCACCAGCACUACCACUGUGGGACCCUCCCCAUCCUGCCGGUCGUGCUCCAGGACAGUGAGAUUUCACUGCGAUACGAGGAGACGUCAGACUCUGCGGAGGGGAGCAGAGGACCAGGGUCCAGGACACAGCAUGGACACCACCUCUCUCCCCAGACUCUGAAAUGGAGGGAGUAUCGUCGUAGGAACCCCCUGGGGGUGGAGAGGUGUUCCUCUGGGGGAUCAGGCGUACCCGCCCUAUCAGGCAGUCUGGACGGGAAUGGUCGUAGGGGCGUGGCCAGGGGACAGCGAAUCACACGACGGAAUGUGUUUGACUUCCCUCCGGCCUCUAGUGGCCACGCCCUGGGACGACUCAAUGGCCAGUCUGUGAAGCAGCUGCAGCAGUACUACAGUGACUUCCUGCCAGACUACUUCUCCCUGACGGAACGUCCUCCAGACGAGUUCUGUCUCUCUCCCGACGCCUCCUCUUCGUCAUCGUCCUCCACUUCCUCACAAUCCCACAUCUCUGUGAACCUGCAGCAGAAGAGAGGUUUAGUCAAAGCCAUCAAUACAGCGGUAGAUUUAAUCGUGGCUCAUUUUGGCACCAGUCGGGACCCUGAUGUUAAGGCGAAGCUGGGUAACAGUUGGGUGAGUCCCAACGUGGGCCACCUGAUCCUGAAGUACCUGUGUCCGGCUCUAAGGGAGGUGCUGGGGGACGGGCUGAAGGCCUACAUCCUGGACCUGAUCAUCGGACAGAGACGUAACCAGCCCUGGAGCCUGGUAGAGGCCUCCACACAACUAGGCCCGUCCACCUGUGUUGUCCACAGCCUGUUCUCCAAGGUGUCCCAGUACUCAGAGCUCACCAGCCACAGCAUGAGACUCAACUCAUUCAUCUUCGGUCUGCUGAACUUGCGAUCUUUGGAAUUUUGGUUCAAUCAUCUCUACACUCAUGAAGACAUCGUAGCGGCUCACUACCACCCGUGGGGUUUUCUGCCGUUGUCCCAGGGGCCGUGCCAGCCUCUCUUGGAGGAGCUCCUCCUCCUCCUCCAGCCUCUGUCUCUGUUGCCCUUUGAUCUGGAUCUGCUCUUUGAGCCGCGAUUGGUCCAGAGGAACCAGGAACACCUGAGAAGCAAGGAACAGCUCUGCUCCGCCUCCGCUGGCCAGGGCCUGGACCAAUCAGCAUGCUCCACCUUCCACCUCAUGAGGGGGUGGAGCUCGGAGUCACGGAGGGCAGAGUCUAUGAGAGAAGGGGCGAAGGUUAAAAAGGAAGGAGGCGGGGCGGGGAACAGAGAAAGGUUGGGGCUGAGACGAGAGGGGACGUGGCCUAGGAUGGAAGGGGUUGGAGAGAGAGGGAGGAGAGAGGGGAUGAUGCAGAGGAUGGGGUCGAGGAGAGAGGGGGUGGGGGCGGGGAUUGAUAGUUUAGGGGCGGGGCUUGUAGAAACACAGCCAAUGACAACUGAAGUAGGGACAGGAUUUGCAAACCUAUGGAGAGAGAGCGGGAGGGGGAAGGGCACAGGAAAGAGAGUGAAGGGGGUGGGAGGAGUAAGCCAUGAGGAGGAUGGAGAGAAGGAUGAGAGGAGGAAGGAGAGAGAGAGGGAUUUUGCAGAGGAGGGUCGUCAGCAGCAGGAGCGUGAUCGCCAGGCGGGCUGGUGGUACCAGCUCAUGCAGAGUUCCCAGGUCUACAUCGACCAAUCAGCUCAGGGUGGGUCGAAGUUCGUUAAGAGCGAGAAGAGGAAGAAGUCUGCAGAGAGGCGGAGCCAGAGUCAGCACCCACUCCCCAGGAAGGGUGUUGUGGAAGGGGCAGAGUCUAGCCAGGAAGAGGAGGUUCUUAGGGAGAGAAGCAGGAAGAGCAGCUCCAGCUCCAGUGGUGAGUGGACGGGGUCCAGGGGAAGAGGAAGACCAUCCUGGAUGGGGAGUCCCCCAGAGUCAGUGCUCACCCACGACAAGGAGAAAGAGAAGGAUCCAGGAACCACAAGGGCCACAGAAGCCACAGCGACCCAGCCAGCGGCCCAGACUGAAGACCCCUCCCAGGGCCAGGGCAUGCGCUGGGUCAGACUGUUUGGGUCCAGCAUGGGUGGUGGUGGCAUCCCCUCCAGGCCAGACGGAGCAGAGCAGAGACCAUCCAAAAGCAAGAGGACCAGGCUGCCGUCUGGAUGGCUGACAGGUCUGGACAUGUCCGUGCUGGACCUCUUAGCCCAGACGAUGGGGGCGGGGACAGUGAAGAGGGUGGAGCCUUCAGCUCCUCCGGCCCCUCCCACUCUGAACCAACCCUCUCCAACUCCUCAGCCACCACAGGAGACCCAAACCAAACAGCUGUGUGAGGUGCGUGCCCUGUGCCACCACAUAGCCACAGAGCCUGACCAGCUGAGUUUCCAUAAAGGGGAUGUACUGAGUGUCCUGAGCCGGGCUGACUCCGACUGGCUCCUCUGCUCCCUGGGGGCCCAGCGGGGCCUGGUGCCUUUCAUCUACGUUACCCUGAGGGGUCUGGAGGACAGCCAGGCGCCCCAAGAGCCUCAGGGGCCACACUGACCUGACUGACUCAACUAGGGUUCCAAAAUUCAGGAUUUCCAGAAAUCCCGGUUGGGAGAUUCCUGGAAUCAGGAGGGAAUAAGUAGGACAUCUGUAUAUCCUCCAACCUAGGGAUUUCGGGAAAGUUGCCGGAACUUUGCAACCCUAGACUGAACCCAGGGCCCAGAGGCCACAGUAGAGGAUGAGGGUGGAAUGUGGAUAGGGAAAAGGAUUCAGAGGGCCAAAGAUGGAUAUACAGCAUACUACAGCACAAGACGAUGGAUACUCAUGGAGGAGAGACCUCGAUAUGACUGGUUUAAAGUGUAAUUAUUGUACUAUGGAGAGGCGUAUGCAACACACACACACACACACACACACACACACACACACACACACACACACACACAGACGUAAACAUGCAUUAAUGUACAUAUAUGCACAUGCAAGCAUGCAGGCACAAAUACGCUAUACUUCCCUAUAUAUGCAUGUCCACUAAACUCACACACACACCAAACUGCCUGGGGAUCUUUUACAGAAAGGAGACAAGGCUAGCUACAGACUGCCUUGGCCCCAUAUACUGUAUACUAUCCAUAGCUGUGUUUUACUUUACCAUGCUACAGAGCAUACUCUAUCUAUCAUUCAUCUAGCUGUGCCACUCUUUGAAUGCCAAUGCUAUGCUAACGCGCUAAUGCUAUUUCUAAUGCCAGUGCUAAUUGUUAAUGGAAAAUUUCAGAGACUGGUUAAAGGACUUGUCAUCCAAUGGAUCCACGCCGACAUGCUAUUCUCUGAGGUUCAUUCACCCAGAGAUCCCCUGCUUUGUAGUAGGACGUAAGUAGGAAAAGUUGUUUUGUUAUAAAACAGAAUAUAAAAACUUUCUUUGUGUGAUACAGCUGUCGACAAUCUCCACAUCUCUGUGUGGAGUAAAUACAGAUGGACAACCGGUUUAAACCUCGUUCUUCAAUACAAAUAGACAACCGGUUUAAACUUGCUUCUUCAUUAAAAAUGGACCACCGGUUUAAACUUGCUUCUUCAUUACAAAUGGACAACCGGUUUAAUCUUGCUUCUUCAAUACAAAUGGACAACCGGUUUAAACUUGCUUCUUCAUUAUAAAUGGACAACCGGUUGAAACUUGCUUCUUCAAUUCAUCAUCAUCUGCAGAUUCCUGAUUUUCAUCAUCUUGUUAACGCUAUGGGUGCGUUCCUCUGCCCAGGCGUUGCUGACGCAUGCCAGAUCUUACAACACUUGGAUACAUAUUUUACGUAUCGGCUAACCACAUCAUCCGUAUGUUAUAGCAAUCUGUCAGUCGAUGAAAUAGUCGAGGACGUGGCACGCAACCAUUGGUUGAUGCAUGCAAUGUCUGAGCAGGGGAACACUACCAAUGAUGGACUGUCAAGCCUGACUCUGAUUGGACAAGCACAAUAACAUCCUCUGGCUCCUCCCAUCACAUCCUGUUGUUUUGAUGGGUGGGAUGAACUGACCUGUCACUGCAAUUGUCAGGAAAGAAAAGGGCGGAGCGGGCCUAGUGCAUGUAACCUAGCAACAGACGGACAACGUUUUUGUGUCUUUUUACAGUUUCUUCACCCCUGUUCUGACCCCAAAACCCUAGCUCCUCCCACCUACCCCGCCUCUCUUCCCCUUAACCAAUACAACUGCACAGCUUUAGGGGAAGCUGCAGUACCACGAUUACAGACAAAACCAAGUGAUUCAAGAGGCUAUGAUUAGCUUUGAACUCUGUCUAUAUAUCUAUCCAUACAUACUGUAAAUGCAUAUACUUACACACGUUUAUUUAUUGACUAAUGAUGAUGUCAUGUAUUAUUGUUGAGGAAAACCGUGUGAAUGAAAAGGCGGAUAAAGAAGGAAGGAUGUCCAAUGAUGCAUGACUUUGGAGGUCUGUUUAGGUGUUUUGGUGUUCUGAAUGUGUUGGUUGGAAGGCUGUAUAAUCACCAUGGCCACCCCCACCCUCACCCCACCCAAACCUCCCUAUUGUAAAAUGGGUGAACCGUAAUGAGAAAAGAAAGUCAUGUUUCUCGUGUAUGCCUUAAAGUCCUUGAGAAAGAACCACAGAGAGAGCUGCUGUGUUGGAGGUAUCUAGCGUUUGACCUAUGGUCCCUACAUGAUUCUUAUAUAUGUGACGGUGCGUCCAACCAGCCACUUUCCCUGGGUUUCAGUCGGAAAAAGAGUAUAUAUUUUCUCUGGUAACAGAAAAAAGUAUAUGGCUAUUUUUUAGGGUGGGACUUAUCUUAAAAUAAACUCCAACACAUUUCUUGGUGGCUUUGUAGGCAUUUGUUGGUGUCAGGUGUGGCCUUAGGUUCAGAUUGAGCUGUACAGGAAACUAGAGCUGGCAAAAAGUUAGGGAUUAGGUUUAAACCCUAUAUGUCUAAACCUUGUGGAUUAAGCCCUAGAUUAGGAUUUGGUAGAGCCAAAAUAAUCUACAAUGAAAUUAUGUAAUGUAAUUUAAAAAAAUAUAUGGGUUAGCAAAACAUAAAUAUUGCCAGGACGGAUUCACACUGGACAAGAGUUAGGCCUAGAUUCAAUCAGACCAAUAGUUAAUUUAGCUUGUAAAUGAAACUCUAUUAUUAUUCUUUAAAAAAAUGGUUUUGUUCAAAUGUAUUUAGUUCUUCCGUUAUUCUCUUUUGUUGUACAUUUGAAUUUUUAUUAUAGAUUUUUUUGUCAAUUCCUUUGGAUUCUGCAUAAAUAAUUUAAAUAUUUUGUUAGCUCUGAAUUGUAAAUAUAUUUAAUUUCUUCAAUAAUUAUUUUUUUAAGAUAGAAAUAGAUAUGAGGUAUGGAUAUGUACAAAACAUUUGGAACACAUUCCUAGUAUUGAGUUGCAUCCCCUUUUGCCCUCAGAAUAGCCUCAAUUUGUCGGGGCAUGGACUCUACAAGGUGUUGAAAGUGUAUCACAGGUAUACUGGCCCAUGUUGACUCCAAUGAUACCCACAGUUGUGUCAGGUUGUCUGGAUGUCCUUUGGAUGGUGGACCAUUCUUGAUACACAUGGGAAACUGUUGAGUGUGAAAAACCCAGCAGCGUUACAGUUCUUGACACACUCAAAUUGGUACCUACUACCAUACUCUGUUUAAAGGCACUUAAAUAUUUGGUCUUACCCAUUCACCGUCUGAAUGGCACACAUACACAAUCAAUGUCUGAAUGGUCUCAAGACUGGAUUCACCUGGUCAGUCUAUGUCAUGGAAAGAGCAGAUGUUCCUAAUGUUUUGUACACUCGGUGUAUAUUAAUACAUUAUUGCAUUAAUAACAAGCAUUUGUAAAUGUGAGUUAGUAUCAUGUUAUGGGCAUGGUAAAAGAACAUCUAUGGGGAUAAAUGCCUGCCAAAAUGAUUGUGAUUAUAACAAUAUAUUUGUUAUUGUGUUUUUUGGCACAUACAGUGCCUUCAAAAAGUAUUCAUACCCCUUGA